AUGGACAAGAAAAGGGACUCAUUCUUCUUAGCCAGCAAGAAAAAAGAUAAACAACCUGAUAGAGAUUGCAAUAAAGAAGUAAAAAGGGAAAAGAAAAAUGAUGGAGUUGACCAUCACGAAAAAAAGAAACGUCAAGAUAAUUUCAUGCAAAAUAGAGUUGCCCCAGAAAAUGGUCAAGACAAGAAACCUUUUGACAAAAAAGCUUAUCGUUUGAAGAAAUACAGUAAGAAAUAUAAGCUUGAACAAUGGGAGGAGCAAAGGAAGAAGCAACUUCUAAGAAAAUUCUAUAAAGAAGUAAAGAAUGAACCUGCUGCUGGAUCUUACAAGCCAAUUAAUUUUGACGAAGAUGUAACAGACUCUAACCAAGAGGUUGGUAGAUUUGUUAAACACCCAGAUGUGCUAGAAAGGGAAAAAGCUCAAAGUCGUAAGGAUCCUUUUUGGCAAGCUAAACAACAGUAUAAUAAAAUAAAACAAGACAAACAAAGGAAGAAAGAGGAGAUCGAAAAGGCGAAAGAAGAAAAGAAUCAGAAGUUGCAAGAAUACAAGAAGAAAAAGCAAGAAAGAUUUAAGAAGUUGAGCAAGAAGACUAAGAAAGGACAGCCUGUCAUGACGGGACGGUUGGAGAUGCUUUUAGAGAAAAUUCAGACUUCUAAAUGA